AUGGAAGCUCUGAUCAACAAAAAAGAUCCACAGCUAGCCAGGAGAAUGCAGAGCCUGAGUAUAACCUGCAAAAUAGCACUACAGUGGAUUCCAUCCCAUUGUGGACUUGCAGGCAAUGAAGAGGUAUACCAACUGGUUAAGCUAGGAGCCCAGUCAAAACAACCAACAACACCUGAUAAAGCAAUGAGUGUUGUGUAUAAAACUGAAAGCGUUCAAAGGGACAUUACGAAACAAAAUGAAGAAUCGAAACCAGAGUGUCAACGUUGUAUCCGGGAAUUCAACCGAAGGAGUUACUUGACUCGACAUUUGAAGAUUGUCCACAAACUUAACAGCCAUGAGGCUAGUUCUAAAGCAAUUUUUGGUUUGAUGGAAGUCGACAGUAACCAGAGGGAAGCAAGAUAUUAUGAAGUUAUAAGUUCAGACGAGGUAUCACAAGACAAGGAGGUCGUACAAAAUGUGAAAGAUGAUGAUUCCAGUAGUGAUGAUAGUGAUUCAAGUAGUAGUGAUGAAAGUUAUGAAGAUAUAAGUUCAGACGAGGUAUCACAAGACAAGGAGGUCGUACAAAAUGUGAAAGAUGAUGAUUCCAGUAGUGAUGAUAAUGAUUCAAGUAGUAGUGAUGAUAGUGAUUCAAGCAGUGAUGAAUGUAAUUCUAGUGAUGAUGAUGAAAUUAAAAUUGAUGAAAGAAGUGAAGCAAUCCAUCAAGACAAAAGAGAAUUAGGUAGAGAUGAACUUGAAUUGGCUGAUGAAGAAAAUAAUAGUAAAAUUGAUGAUGAAGUGGUCGAAGAAAAGGAAAUGACUGAAAGAAAAGGGGAAGAAGAAAAAUAUGAAAGAGUUACAGAAAAUGGAAGUGAAGAGAUAGAAAUUGAAAUUCGGGAAGACGAAUUCGACGUGCUGUAUGAUAAUUUCUAUUCGAGAGAUUCGGACAACGAGGAAGACAAAAAUGAUGGCAAUGAUGGUACACUGAAUGACAAAUGA